AAUCUAUACGGCUUUUUAAUGAUGUCGUCCGAUCAACAGUUCUUUUUAAAAUGGAACGAUUUUCAAACGAACAUGGUGACGUCAUUUCGACACCUAAGGGAUGAGAAAAGUUUUACAGAUGUAACCCUAGCCUGUGAAGGACAAACAUGUAAAGCACACAAAAUGGUACUAUCGGCCUGUAGUCCGUAUUUCAAGGCAUUGUUAGAGGAAAAUCCUUCCAAACAUCCCAUCAUCAUAUUAAAGGACGUUUCCUAUAUACAUCUGCAGGCUAUAUUAGAAUUCAUGUAUGCCGGUGAAGUGAAUGUAUCACAAGAGCAAUUACCUGCAUUCCUAAAGACAGCUGAUCGCCUAAAAGUGAAAGGCCUGGCAGAGACACCCAGUUCUAUAAAGCGAGAGGGUUGAUGGUGAUAAAGCUAAGA